AUGUUGCGCUCAACUCUUGGGGCGAGCAGAGGCCUCAUGCCUAUUUUACCGAAGUCGGCCAACGGACGUCUGCUGGGUUCUGGCAGCACUCUGCUUCGCUGGGGUCAGAUGAGAAGAUCUGCUUCGACCGUGACAAAUAUUGACAACUUUCCCGGAAUUGGAGACAAGGUUCACGGCUUCACCGUACAAGAAAAGAAACAUGUACCGGAGUUACACCUGACGGCCGUCCGAUUAACGCAUGAUAAGACCGACGCGGACUACCUCCACGUGGCCAGGGAAGACAAGAACAAUGUGUUUGGAAUUGGCUUCAAGACCAAUCCCCCGGAUGCUACUGGCGUUCCUCAUAUCCUAGAGCAUACCACGCUCUGCGGUAGCGAGAAAUAUCCUAUCCGCGACCCUUUCUUCAAGAUGCUACCCCGCUCGCUGUCGAACUUCAUGAAUGCAUUCACUUCCGCCGACCACACCACAUAUCCUUUCGCUACCACGAAUCAGCAGGACUUCCGGAACCUACUCUCGGUGUACCUGGACGCCACCUUCCACCCUCUGCUUAAGGAGGAGGAUUUCAGGCAGGAGGGUUGGCGGUUGGGGCCAGAGGACCCCCGUGCUAUCGAAGGUCAGACGACUCACAACCCCGAGGACAUCCUCUUCAAGGGCGUCGUAUACAACGAGAUGAAGGGACAAAUUUCGGACGCAAACUACCUCUAUUAUAUCAAAUAUAAAGAGAGCAUCAUCCCAGCACUGAACAACUCGGGUGGUGAUCCCCAGUACAUCACCGAUUUGACGCACAAGCAACUAGUCGACUUCUCCAAGCGCAAAUACCACCCCAGCAAUGCUAAAAUUUUCACAUAUGGUGAUAUGCCUUUAACUGACCAUCUCGUGCAAAUCGGCAAGGUUCUGGAUGGAUUUCAAAAGGGCGAAGCGGAUACUUCUAUCAAACAACCUAUUGACCUUAGCCAGGGUCCUAAGAGUGUGACUGUUCCAGGCCCCAUCGACACAUUCGCUGGUGAAGACAAGCAACACAAGACAUCAACAUCGUGGUACAUGGGAGAUUCAACUGAUGUUGUUGAGGCUUUCUCGGCCGGGAUUGUAUCUUCUCUGCUCCUGGAUGGUUAUGGCUCACCUAUGUAUCGGGCUUUGAUUGAAAGUGGCCUUGGCUCUUCUUUUAGCCCCAACACAGGACUCGAUACUUCCGGCCGCGUGCCGGUAUUUUCCGUCGGUGUGACUGGUGUCAGCGAAGAAUCGGCUUCUCAGGUCAAGACCGCUAUACAGACUGUCUUUGAGGAAUCGUUCGCUACCGGAUUCAGUGAUGAGAAGGUCCAAGGUAUCCUUCACCAGCUUGAACUUGCCCUCAGGCACAAAACGUCAAACUUCGGCAUUGGUGUCAUGGAGAAAACAAUUUCCUCUUGGUUCAAUGGAUCCAAUCCUAUGAAAGAGCUAGCUUGGAAUGAAGUGAUUGAUGAGUUCAAGAGGAGGUAUGCGCAGGGCGGCUACCUGGAAUCGUUGAUGCAGAAGUAUCUUAUGAAUGAUAAUUGUCUGACAUUCACGAUGGUUGGCACACCCACCUUCAACAAGGAGCUUGACGAGCAGGAAUUGGUGCGGAAGGAUACAAAGCUCAGUCAACUCGCUAAACAGCAUGGGUCCAUGGAAAAGGCUAUUGCCCAGCUAAAGGCGGAGGAACUUCAGCUACUAGAGGUUCAAGAAAAGGCACAGAACGCUGACCUGAGCUGCUUGCCUUCCCUUCGGGUGUCUGACAUCUCGCGCGAGAAGGAACGCAAGCCCGUUCGAGAAUCCAAGGUUGAUGGCGUGGAUGUUCUUUGGCGUGAAGCCCCUACCAACGGCUUGACCUAUUUCCAGGCUUUGAACACAUUCGAUGGCCUCCCUGAUGACCUUCGAUUGCUGAUGCCACUUUUCAACGACUGCGUCAUGCGACUUGGUACAGCAAAUCGGUCCAUGGAGCAAUGGGAAGAUUUGAUCAAAUUGAAGACCGGAGGUAUCUCCACUUCCACGUUCCACACAGCUUCCCCAACGGAGCUUGGAAAAUUCAAUGAAGGUCUUCAAUUCUCUGGAUCUGCUCUGGACAAGAAUAUCCCCGACAUGUUGCAGAUACUGACCACCCUUGUGACCGAAACCGACUUCACAAGUCCCAGUGCACCCGCGAUGAUUCAAGAGUUGCUCCGAAUGACUACCAAUGGUGCCCUGGAUGCCGUUGCAGGAACGGGUCACCGUUUCGCUCUAAACGCGGCUGCGGCAAACCUCUCGCGCAGUUUCUGGGUACAAGAGCAGCAGUCCGGUCUCGCACAACUGCAGGCAACAGCCAACCUCCUGCGGGACGCGGAAACGUCGCCCGAGCGUUUAGCAGAGCUGAUCGAGAAGCUCCGCACAAUCCAAGCUUUCGCCAUCUCUAGGUCGUCCGGUCUUCGUGUCCGCCUGGUUUGCGAGCCUGAGAGCGCCGGUCAGAAUGAAUCCGUGUUGCAGAAGUGGUUCGCGGGUUUGCCCCAGGUUCGCUCGCCCACAGCGGCCUUUGACUCCCCAGUGAUGGAUUCCAAGAUGAUUAAAACGUUCUUCGACAUGCCAUACAAGGUGUACUAUUCAGGCCUAGCCAUGCACACUGUUCCAUUUGUGCACUCCGCUAGCGCCAAGCUUAGUGUUCUUUCUCAACUCCUGACCCAUAACUACCUCCAUCCGGAGAUUCGUGAAAAGGGUGGUGCCUACGGUGCAGGAGCCAGCAACGGCCCAGUCAAGGGAAUGUUUGCCUUUACAAGCUACCGCGAUCCCAACCCCAUCAACACCCUGAAGGUGUUCCAAAACAGCGGAAUUUUCGCCCGAGACCGGGCUUGGUCGGAGCGGGAGCUCAACGAGGCUAAGCUGGGUAUCUUCCAAGGCCUUGACGCCCCAAUGAGCGUCGACGAGGAAGGUGCAAGGUACUUCAUGAGUGGUGUGACCCACGAAAUGGACCAGCGCUGGAGAGAACAGGUCCUUGAUGUCACCGCAAAGGAUGUUAACGAGGCAGCACAGGCCUUCCUGGUUGAUGGCUCUCAGCGAUCUGUCUGCCUGCUAGGCGAGAAGAAAGACUGGAUAGAGUCCGAUGGUUGGGAUAUGCGAAAGCUUUCCAUGACUGUAGCAGAGGAGGGACUCGAGCAUGCCGAAGGUGCCGCUGCAUCUGCUUAA